GAAAGCAGUAAUGAAUUGUGAGCAUGAGCUUUUUUAUCAAAUUCUCGCUCUCUUGCCUUCAAACUGAGAGCAGAAAGGUUGUGCAGCUUUAUCAGGCAGCACAAGGAGACCUAAAGUUCACUGAGCCACUAUGACCUAAUGCAAAUGUGUUUUGAUUCCUCAGCUCAUGUUGGGCAGCUGCGUUUGUAUGAAGAGCUGUUCCUCCACAAUUCUUUAGAACAUACCUCCAGGGGUGCAGGUGGAGAGGCUGGUUUUUUCUGACCAUUCCUGCCACCAGAUCGAUCUGCUUUCAUUAAAUAAUAACCAAAUCAAACAAACUCUCCAGCCUUUCAUUUCAAAGACUGCAGCAAACCACACCAAGGUCUCACCAGUCUGCAAAGUAGGCUGACUUUGCAGCUGACUGUCUUACGCACAGUGAAGGAAUGAAGAAGGCAAUUGUUCUAUAGGACUUCAUCACUUUUCUAAGCUGGCAUUGUUGGUGCAAGAAGCCAGAACUCAGAUGGACACGUUCACCAUGGACAAGACUCUGCUAAUGCACCUGGUCCUGCUGAGCCUGCUGACUGGGAGUAGCCAGGGGUGCUACUGUGAACAUUACCCGUGGGGGCCAUGGUCUGCCUGUUCACAAACCUGCAAUUAUGGCACACAGACCAGGCACAGGCAAAUAAGAAUGGAUGAAUAUUAUAGCCAAAACUUCUGUGACCAGCUGUGCAAAAAGCAGGAAUCUCGUGCAUGUAACCAGCAAACAUGUCCUAUCAACUGUCAGCUUGGAGACUUUGGCCCUUGGUCAGAAUGUGACCCUUGCAUUAAAAAACAAUUUCGUACCCGGACACUCCUGCGACCAUCCCAGUUUGGGGGUCAGGCCUGUACCGAGCCACUGGUGGAUUCCCGCCCAUGCUUCCCAACUAAGCUUUGCAACAUAGUGGAAGUUGAUUGCAAGAAUAAAUUUCAGUGUGAAAGUGGUCACUGUAUUUCAAAAACCCUGGAAUGUAAUGGAGAAAAUGACUGUGGGGACAACUCUGAUGAAAGAAACUGUGGAAGGAAAAAGACUGUGUGUAACCGAAAGUAUGAGAGCAUCCCUGGUGUGCAGUUAAUGGGCAGUGGGUUUCACAUUCUGGCAGGAGAGAGCCGAGGGGAAGUCCUUGGCAACUCAUUCAAUGGAGGACACUGCACAACAGUGAAGCACAAUGAGACGAGGAAAUCAUAUCGUGUCCCAGCAAAUCUGGAGGCUGUCAGCUUUCAGGUAGUAGAUGAAGAGGAUGAUGUCACAUCAGACUUCUACAAGGAUUUAACUCCCCUGGGUGAUACUGUUUCUCGAAGUAGUUCAUCCAGUCAUGGUGCUCGAAGAUCUUCUGGUAUACCACUUUUAUUCUCAAAAAAGACGCGGGUUCAAGUUACAUCAUCUUCCUCCUUCAAGAAAGCUAUUAAAGCCUCAUAUGAAAAGAAUUCCAACUUUAUUAGAGUCCAUAAAGUAAUUUCUGUUGCAAACUUCACAAUGAAAGAAUCAGAUCUGCAUCUCUCAGACGUCUUUCUAAAAGCACUUAACCACCUGCCCCUGGAGUACAACUAUGCUUUAUACAGCAGAAUAUUUGAUGACUUUGGCACUCAUUACUACACCUCUGGGAAGAUGGGUGGUUCCUAUGACAUUCUUUACCAGUACAGCUCUGAGGAACUGCAGAACUCGGGCCUGUCAAUUGAUGAAUCAACAGAGUGUGUCCGAACAGAAACCACCAAGCGUGUGUUCUUCCGGAAGAAAAAGAAAGUCAGUACCAGAUGCACCACAAAUAGGAUGACUGUGAGACAUGAAGGUUCCAUUUUGGAGUCAUCAGAACGGUCAGUCUCCCUAGUAAAAGGUGGCAGGUCAGAGUAUGCAGCAGCUUUGGCCUGGGAGAAAAAGGGAGCUUUUCCAGGACACACAGUCUUCACAAACUGGCUGGAAUCAGCAAAGGACAAUCCUGUGGUGAUUGACUAUGAGGUGUCGCCCAUUGUGGAUCUGGUGAGGAACGUGCCGUGUGCUGUGACCAAACGCCGCAACCUGAGGAGAGCCCUGAGGGAAUAUGCGAGCAGGUUUGACCCUUGCCAGUGUGCCCCAUGCCCAAACAAUGCCAGGCCUGUGCUCUCUGGGACAGAGUGCCUUUGCCUGUGCCAGGCUGGCACCUAUGGCAAAAACUGCGAGACACGAGCUCCAGGCUACAAAUCAGUUGCUGUAGAUGGCAGAUGGGGUUGCUGGUCUGAGUGGACUUCAUGCGAUGCUUCCUUCAAAACAAGAAGGACGCGAGAAUGUAACAACCCCUCCCCAAUGAAUGGUGGGAAGCCAUGUGAAGGAGAGAGGGAAGAAGUGGAGGACUGUUAUGUCUCUGUGUUCGCAGACAGAGGUGCUCCUUGUAUAAAUGAUGAUGAAGCCAGAAGAGAAGAGAAUGUCUUGACUGGUGAACCUGAGUCUGGAUGUUCCAGGCCAGACCCACCAGAAUAUGGCUUUAUCAGGAAUGAAAAGAACCAGUAUGCUGUGGGAGAAGAAGUUGAAAUUGCCUGUGUGAGUGGUUAUAGCCUCAUUGGCUAUCAAUACCUUUGGUGUCUGCCAGAUCAAACCUGGACACAGCAACAUGUUGAAUGCCAACCCUCAGUAUGCCUCAGGCCACCAAUAUCUGACAAUGUCACAAUUUCCCCAUUUAAGCAACAGUACAAUAUUGGAGACACCAUGAAGCUGAGCUGCCAAGCUGGGUUUAUAGUCAGUGGUCACACAAGGUAUACCUGUGAGAAAGACCUGUCCUGGAUACCUCCUAUUUCAAGGGCUAUUACAUGUAAGAAAGGUCACUACUACUCAGAAGAGAUCUGUGUGCUACAUGCUGUUUCUGAACAGAAUGUAACCAAGCCCAGCUGUCAGUAUUCAGCUGAAAUGUGCCUUGGAGAGCAGUCAUUUCAUUUUAUGCAUGCUGGCCCUUGUCGUGGUGAUUCCAGCCUAGACUGGGCUAUUGAAAGGGCAAAGCUCUCUACAAAUAGCUUGAAGAAAGUGCCCUGUGGCUAUGACACCUGCUAUGACUGGGAGGAUUGUCCAGAGACACAGACCCAGUGCUCCUGCCUGAUACCUUACCAGUGCCCCAAAGAAGACAGCCGCCCUCAUUGCAUCCAAAUGGAGUCGACAGGAAGGAGGAGGACAGUCAGUCAUUGCGUGCUGGCAGCCAUGAAAUGUGCAGGCAUCAAACUGAAGGUGCUAGAACAUGGGAACUGCCUGGCAUGACUUUUUGACUCUCUGCAAACACCAUGAUCACCAUGUCAAGCACAGGUUGAGCCAAGGGGAAAAGUUGAAUAUGAAGCAACGAGGAGGUCAAAAACAAAGGAUGAGAGAAAAAAAAAUAGAGCUCACUUUAUCAGAUUUUUGGGAGAAGGGUGGCAGUGGGCUUUUUCCUGUAUGAAAACGAUCUAGGGUGCAGGAUACAGGGACUGCUGUCACUGCUGGCAAUUCUGCGGAUGUGCAGAGGGAGGGAGGGGACCAGAUGGGAAGGGAGAAAAAGACUAAGUCUCCCUUAGUCCUGCGUGAAACUUUUCCUUUCCUCAGUCGUUUGUUUCUUUGUCCUUGUGCUUGUGACUGCUGUGCAUUCUGGCUGUCUCAGUGGCUGAGUACCUGCUGUACCAUCCAGGCAGGCAGACCAGGCACUUCAGCACCAGUGCACAUUCCUUCUGAUGCCAAAUGGGGAGGGGGUAGCAGGAGGCUACCUGCACAGGCACUCAUGGUACAAACUCAAGGAGAAAUACAAAAUACUGAAAAAAACACAACUAUGCAAUAACUGAGUGAAGUCUUCAAAACUAUGUGAUUUUUAAUUGAAGGGAAGGGGUGUUUGCUUUUUGUGCUUGUUUACUGGGUUUGAGCUUUAGACACUGAUGGAGAAUUUUUAUGGUGUCCUUUGAGGUGAAUUAAGCACAUGUUUGUACUUAAAUAUAAAAGAAACAUUUAAUGAACAAUGCAUUGGGCAGAUGCACUGCAAUACUAGGUUCUACUUGAAGGGGUUCUACUUGGAGUCUGCAAAGAUGCAUCUCAAGCAGGUUUCCUGUAUACACUUGCACCAGCACCAGUCCUGAGAGCACCUGUAUGGAGCACCUCAGCCCAACCAUAGGUCCAUUUCCCCAUCGUUCCUUGAUCACAGAUCAUAACUGCUGAGCAGUUACAAUUAGAAUUUUCCCUUCAACACUAGCAAUUUUACAAAACUAAGGAAUAUAAACUUGCUUUCUGAGAAGGAGAAAACAGGAAGUCACUUUUUUUUUUUCCCACCAGCAGUCAUUGAAACAAUGAAAA